AUGGCGCCCUCAGCGAUUGACACACACACCGACAUACCUGAUACGACCGUCGCCCCUCUCCGCAAGAUCCUCACCUCUGAAACGCAGCCUCUCGCCCUCCGCUUCCGCGCCCUCUUUUCUCUUAAGCACCUAGCCUCACAGUCUCCGCCCACUUCGCAAACCGUCCCGGCAAUCGAUGCCAUCGCCGCCGCAUUCACGUCUCCAUCUGCGCUACUCAAGCACGAACUCGCGUAUUGCCUGGGCCAGUCGGGCAAUGGCCAUGCCGUGGCCUACCUGAGGGCGGUGUUAGAGGAUAAAAAGGAGGAUUCGAUGUGCCGGCACGAGGCGGCGGAAGCACUGGGAGCGCUGGGCGACGCGGGAAGCUUGGCGCUGCUCAAGGAGUUGAGAGAUAGCGCAGAGGAGCCUAAGGUGGUGCGGGAGACGUGCGAGAUCGCUGUCGACCGGAUAGAAUGGGAGCACUCGGAGGCGCGACAGGCGGAGAAGCUCAAGAAGAGUGAUUUUACAUCCAUCGACCCUGCUCCACCAUUGCCCCAGACAGACGCUUCGCAGAAAUCAUCGAUACCAGAAUUACAAGCGACGCUACUAGAUACUAGUCUUCCCCUCUUCCAGCGCUAUCGAGCCAUGUUCGCCCUCCGCGACCUAGCCUCUCCUCCAGACCUACCGACAGCCGUCCUAGCCGUCCAGGCUCUAUCGCGCGGGUUCGGCGACCCCUCGGCGCUGUUCAGACAUGAGAUAGCGUUCGUCUUCGGGCAAUUGUCGCAUCCGGCUUCGAUACCGAGUUUGGUGGAGACGUUAAGCAACACCGAGGAAGCGAGCAUGGUGAGACAUGAGGCGGCGGAAGCUCUGGGCAGUCUAGGUGAUGAGGAGGGUGUUGAAGACAUCUUGAAGCAGUUCUUGGACGAUCCCGAGCAAGUUGUAAGAGAUAGCGUUGUUGUUGCGUUGGAUAUGGCGGAGUUUGAGAAGAAUGGUGAGGUGGAGUAUGCGACUAUUCCAGGAACUGGGCGGCCAGUAGAGGUAUAG